AUGGUUGAUCUUUUGAAAAAGGAAUACGGCAAUGUCUCCAAUGCUAGGGCACACGUUAUCAAAGGGCUAGCGGAGCUUGAGCCUGCAAAAGGCAACAUUCUUUCUUGCGAACACAUGUUCGAUGAAAUUCGUUCCCUUGUGAAUGAAAUGGUCUCUACUAGAUACAACAUCCUAGAAGUUCACGAUCCAAUGUGGACUGAAAAUAUCCUUCAGAAGUUACCACGAAACAUCGUAGAGGAAUUUUUGAAAGUACACCGAGAUACUGAAUCGUGUUCUAUAGGACAGACCUUGGAUUGCCUCAAGGAACUUAUUGCACGUUACAGCCAGAGCAACAUACAGGUCACCAGAGAGACAGCGCGCCGAGAAAAGGUGUUAUCUGCACCGAACCCAUGUGCAUUCUGUAAAAAGACGAACCACAAGUCAUUUCAGUGCCGCACAGUUGCAGAACCCAGUGCUCGUAGACAGGUAGUUAUGGAGAACAACUUAUGUUGGAAAUGCUUCUCAAGCGAGCACAAGAGUAACGAAUGCAAACGCUCUAAUUGUCCACACUGCAGCAGACUUCACGAUGGUUCGCUCUGUCUAAGAAGCUCGCCAGCGCCACAAACGCCACAGGCGAGUACCAAUGGGACAACGCCGCCUGAUGAGUGA